CCGGUCGGACUUUCAAUAGAAGAAGAGAGAACAUUUCCCCGGGUUGCUAAAACAGUAGCUACGUGAUGUUGACUAACUCUUCACAACAUGAUUUGUAGUUUGCAAAGAAACAUUGUGACUUAACUCGUGUCGGCUAUCUGAGAGAGAAGUUCAACGCUGCCCAAAGAUGAAGGUGAAGAUCCGACAGUGGAACGGGGUGGCCUCUUGGUUAUGGGUGGCUAAUGAUGAAAACUGUGGGAUCUGCAGGAUGCCCUUCAAUGGCUGCUGCCCUGACUGUAAAGUGCCUGGGGAUGACUGCCCGCUGGUCUGGGGUCAGUGCUCUCACUGUUUCCACAUGCACUGCAUCUUGAAAUGGCUGAACUCGCAGCAGGUCCAGCAGCAGUGCCCCAUGUGCCGGCAGGAGUGGAAGUUCAAAGAAUGAACCUGAGGUGUGCGCCUGCAGAAACUCAGAGACAGAGACCCCCCCUCCCCCCUCACAGAGGCCUAGACUUGGAUUUAAAAUGUUUUUAUAUCAGCUGUACAUAACUCUGUUUUUGUAUUCCUCCAUUUGAUGUAAUGCAAAGGACACUUGGAUUGUAUUCUGUUGACAGAUUUAGUAUGUGAUUAAAAAGAAAUGAAUAAAAACACCUACAUCACA